AUGUACAUCUGCCCAGACCAAACAGAACAUAGAAGACACCCUCUAAUCCGUGCUUCCAUAACGCAACUUUUGCCCUUGCACCUCCCUUUACAGGAAAGCCCAGGACAUCGGUAUACCAGCAAGGCGAUGCUAUUUCGCAUGGCGCAAGGUCGGCGCGUCUUCUUCUACGUUCAUGGUUAUUGGCGAUACGGCAUCCUAGUAGCUUAUUUCCGUGAUUCCAUGAUAGGCCACAUCCAUCACACCACGCAUGCCCUCAUAAACACUUCCCUCUCGAAAAUACGGCUCCAAGACACGCACACACCACUCGCCGCUAGUCUACGAUGCCCCCCAUUCGCACUCCUCGACGCCAGCGGGGGAGUAGCAGUGAGAGCAGGAGGACUCGGAGGCGCUACCACCCGUAUCCGCGCCCCGAUGCCGCGCGUGGUCCUUCGGAGGGCAAUGUUGCUGAGGCGGAGUGCGUCGUUCGUCCGGGCUUGGAGGAGCCAAACAUGGGCGGCGUUCAGAACGUUGAUCAGCGGCCUUUCCUGCGAUGGGAUGCUCAUGCGUGCUGGGUCGCCGCCUCCAUCGUCAUCAUCAUCAUCAUCAUCAGUUAUGUGCUACGCGGGGCCUGACACCCUCGGCGAGAUCGCCAUGAUCAACUUGCCACCUUCUUGA